AUUUUAAACAAAGUUUUAAACAUGUCAGAAAAAGGCGAAGUGGAUUUAACUGGUGCUAAACAGAACACGGGCGUGUGGCUGGUAAAGGUGCCCAAAUACCUGUCCCAGCAAUGGGCCAAAGCAUCAGGCAGGGGAGAGGUGGGGAAACUCCGGAUCGGGAAGAACCAAGGGAAGGCAGAGGUGGAAUUCACUCUGAACGAAGACCUGACCAUGAUUGACAGCCUCGGGGACAAGCCAACGGGAGUGCAGGCCCCCAGGGACCACCCGUUCACCAUGCAGACUGUAGGAGGACAGACCCUGGCCGUGUUCACUGAGACCCAGUCAGAGUCAUCAAAGGGCCAGUCAGAAGAGAGAUCUGAUGGCAGCACCUCAGGCCCAGAGAGAAUCUCCCUGGAGGGCCUGGUGGUGCAGAGAGCAGAGUGUAGACCUGCUGUCAGCGAGAACUACAUGAAACUCAAGCGACUGCAGAUAGAAGAGUUAUCCAAGCCAGUGAGAUUGUCUCAGCAACUAGAGAAGGCUGUUACCACCAACUACAAACCAGUGGCCAACCAUUCCUACAACCUGGAGUACGACAGGAAGAAGAAGGAGGAAGGUAAAAGAGCCAGGGUCGACAAACAGCAGGUGUUGGACAUGCUGUUCUCAGCUUUUGAGAAGCAUCAAUAUUACAACAUCAAGGACCUGGUCGACAUCACCAAACAACCAGUGGAGAGGAGGAAAGAGAUUCUGCGUGACAUCGGCAUCUACAACGUGAAGGGAACCCACAAGAACACGUGGGAGCUGAAGCCAGAGUACAGACACUACCAGGGAGGAGAGGAGGAGGAGAAGGAGACCGACGACUAGCCUGGUCUGGGACCUCCAGCCUCCUAGAGAGCUCACCACUAGGAGAAGGACGACUAGCCUGGUCUGGAGCCCCACUAGCCUGGUCUGGGCCCUCCCUAGAGAGCGUCGUUUUGGUUUUUAUAGACGCAGAGAAAUGAAGUUGUGAAUCUACUGAUGUGUUGGCCAGUUAGGACCCCGGUCCUAUACUUCAUGUCGGUCAAGUCACACCCUAUUCCCUAUAUAGUGCACUACUUUAAACCAGGACCCUGGUCAAAUUUAGUGUACUAUUUAGGGAAUAGGGUGCCACUUUGUGGACACGUUUGAAGGAUUCCUACUAUUCUGAACAGUGAGAUGCUUUAGGUUCAUCUCACCUGGGCCACUAUGACUUUAUUCCUGUGUGUUUGUGGGAUCUGACCGAUCCUUCGGAAGUGUUCGGUUUACAGACACACGGCUUGUUUAUAAAAAUGUGAUUUUUAACGACUUUUGGAAUAAAAUAAAUGU